AUGGUUUCUCAUCUAGUUAGCCUUUUACUUGUCUUUACUACUCUCGCGUCAGCAUGGUUGCCUCUUGAGAACGAAGACAGAGAUGUCUUCACUUUCAAUGCUUCACUUGUCCGGCGCGGCGACGACAGCCACAGCUCAGACUCCACUGCCGAGUGGCUUCCACCCUCUGGAAAGAUUCGUGGUGUCAACGUGGGGUCUCUGUUUGUCAUUGAGCCAUGGAUGGCUCGGACUACGUUCAACAACAUGGGCUGUCGUGGUCUCAAAUCCGAGUUUGACUGCGUGUCUAAGCUUGGCCAGAGCCAAGCCGACACUGUAUUCCAGCAUCACUGGGAUACUUGGAUAACUCAGGAUGAUAUCAGGACCAUGGCUGAGUAUGGACUGAAUACAAUCCGCAUAUCUGUGGGGUACUGGAUUUUAGAAGACAUUGUUGAUCGCGAUUACGAAUACUUCCCUCGAGGGGGCCUCCAGUACCUCGAUAGAAUCAUGGGAUGGGCUAGCGAUCAGGGGCUCUACAUCAUCCUCGCUCUACACGCAGACGUGAGCAUAUACAAUCGGAUACAAUCCGAGGUACUAGAUUAG